AUGGCUACUCCAGAUCAGAAGACUCUUGUUUGUGUGAAGCAAGUGAAGCAAGGGGUGGUAGAUGAGUGGGACGAGAGCAUGCCAUUACCAGGAGAUAUCAUCGAAGGAUUUUCAGAGCACGACGCCGAUGAUGAUUCCUUUACUCCGGUCAAGGCCAGUUCAGAGCUUAUCUCUCAGCUUGGCAAGAUUAACCCCCGCGUCGAAUUCAUAUGGAUAAAAGUCAGAAGGGGCAAUAAAAACUCAGUGAAACUUCAGGCACGUAUUGUGCAACAAAAAGGAUCCAUACUCAAGAGGAAGUACUAUACUAUUCAAGCUACAACGGAUGACAGACAUGUUGCGGAUUUAGGAGACCUUACGUUAGAUCAGUGCACUGCACUGCAAGAAAUGAGCAUGAAAGCAAUAAACGUGGAGGGCAGGGAAUUUGGAAGGAGUGGGAUCAAAUAUGAUUGGAAGAUGAAAGUUGGAACCUAUUUGCCUGACCAAUGGUGUUCAGUGAUCAGCUCCAUUCUGUUCAUGCCCCUUGUUAACGAGCAGUUCAUGGACGCUACCACGGCGAGGUGCAUGGCCUGGUUUAGUGCAGCAAUUUCUUCCGGAGUUCCUCUUGUUUUUGUUAAUAUCCAAACAGAACAGGUGGAUACACAGGAGAAGACUAGUUUCUCUGGAAAAGAAACAAGCGUGUGUAGCAAGCAACAAAUCCACAACACUAACAAAAUAAUACACGGUAUAAGGUUGUGGUUUCUACCUGGACUAUCAGAAAUUUCAAUAGAGUUGAUCCCUAAACAUACGGAAACUCGCUUCGGAAUGGAAAUCAAGCAAACCGAAGAGGGUUUUGUGUACAUAUACUCAGUGAUGAGAGGUUCAGUAGCUGAAGGUGCAGGGUUAGGAGAACUGUAUGAAGAGGCAAUAGCAAGCGGAUUCCUUCUUGUGAUAUCUCGGUUGGAAGGCAAAAGCAUAAUGCCAAAGAAUGUGUGCAGUGGUGGUCUUAUUCAUUGCUGUAACCAAUAUGAGAUCAACGAAACUUUCAAUGUAGCAAUAGAACAACUUGAGACCAUUGAGGUGCAUGUCAUGGCAUGGCCCAAUAACCAAACUCAACCUAUUGGAUUUGCAUCACUCUUAGCUCCAAAUGGAUCAUUCCCAACUCAUCAUUAUCAUUAUGAUCAUCAAAAACAAUUGCACAAGCUCGCUCAUCACCACACUAUUUAG